GCAGGAACGCCGAUCGGUUCAGCGAGGCGAGGUGGAGGAUCGGUCAGGCAUUCGUUCCCGAGGAAAUCGUAUUGAUUUCUUUUUGCUUGUUCGGUCUUGGGUCAUGUUGAAGAUCCCCAGGUCACUUCCUUUUUGCCGCUACUUUGUGCCAGAAUAACAAUCACUGUUAUAAGGUGCUAAUAUCUGCAGUUGCUGAUGAAGAUAUCACUAAUCAGUUUCAUUUGAGAUGGAAACUUCUAAUAAAACUAUCAGUCUGCUAAGUGUUUAUGUUGGAUUAUGGGAAGAUAAACCCUAUGUAUGACAGAUAAAAUGUUUUGGGAAAUGAGCAAGUGACAAACAGACAAUGGCACCUGGCCGUAUAUAUACAGGUGGAUUGAGGUCACUAACAUCACCUGGCCAUUGGUUUUUUUCAUGAAUACUAACCUAGUCGAUGUAAGAACAAGUUUGGAUAGAGAUGAUGUGUUGGGAUUACCAAGACCAUGGAGAAACAGGACUAUGGGACUUCUACUGCUGAUCCUGUAUGCAUGGCAUAAGGUCUAGUUGAUGAUAGUGAUACUACAACCUUGAUUUAGACUAGUAAUUAUGACAGUGAAGAUCUAUGUAUUUAUGUGUGCAUGUGUGUCGGUAUGCAUGUAAACCUGCAAGUGUGAACCAUUAGAGCCUACAAUGUCGGUUAAGCAGGGUUUUCCAGGCAGUGUUACUCCUGAUUAUGUCCCUUUCCAAGUUUGGGACACUUUGCAGGGUCUUUCCACCUAUAUAAGAUGCAUGCUGUCCACCCAAGCAUUGCUAAGUGCUAUUGGAGUUGGUGAGAAAAAGGCCACUGUCCUUGGUGCUACAUUUCAGUGGUUCCUGAGGGAUUUCACUGGCAUGCUUGGAGGAAUCUUGUUCACUUUUUUUCAGGGUUCAAAACUUGAUGCCAAUGCCAAAACAUGGCGCUUGGCUGCUGACUUUAUGAAUGAUCUUGGAAUGCUGAUGGACCUGAUUUCUCCAAUUUUCCCCUCAGCAUUUGUGGUGAUUGUUUGCUUGGGGAGCAUAUCCAGAUCUUUUACUGGAGUUGCAAGUGGAGCUACCCGAGCUGCUUUAACGCAACAUUUUUCUUUAGAGAACAAUGCUGCAGACAUUUCUGCGAAGGAGGGAAGUCAAGAGACUGUGGCAACUAUGGUGGGAAUGGUGUUGGGAAUGCUUCUUGCUCAUGCUACUAUAGGGCAUCCUGUUGCCAUCUGGUUUUCAUUUCUCACUCUCACUAUGUUUCAUCUAUAUGCCAAUUACAAAGCAGUUUGCUCCCUUUCACUGACUACAUUAAAUGAUGAAAGGAGCUCAAUAUUACUGAAAUAUUUCAUGGAAACUGGUCAAGUUUUGUCUCCCCAGCAGGUUUCAGUGAUGGAGCAUGUUAUCCCGUCAUGGAUCUGCUUGUGGAAAUCAAAGACAGCUGAACUUCCAUGCAGAAAAAUCCACCUGGGCGUGAGGGUUUCAACCUUGAAGCAUUCAGAAAUGCUGGAGUUAGCGAGAUCACCAAGUUCACGUCAUGGGAAAGCAAAGUACUUGCUGCUGGAGCAGAAUGGAAUAAUCUGUGUGAUUAUACACAAGGAUUCGACUGCUGCUGAUGUUUUGCAAUCAUAUAUCCAUGCACUUGUGGUGGCACACCUUCUUAGUAUUGGUAGGCAUGCCCAAGCGGAGAGCAAUCUUUGGGUUGACAAGAAUUAUUCCAUCUUUAUGUCCAAGUUACAGGCUUCAGGAUGGAACACUGAGCGGCUUCUUGCCCCUGCAGUUGUCUAUAGAGCAAGCUGGGAGUGCAAUCCCACCACUGAGAAGAGUAGCUGAUUUUCACAUUAGCCACAACUCUACUUAGAUAAACGAACCUGCAAUCAUUGUUCUAAUUGGUACACUUUUAGCUUUUCAUUUUUAUGCAUCAAAGUAUUGAUUUUUACAAUUGAAAUUGCUGAUUGUUGCAAAGCUGUUGAAACAACUUCACCUUGACAAUUGAGAAAUAGUACAUUUAUAUCAUCUGUAUAGUGUAAACCAUAAAAAAAAAAUUAUUAGCUCAA